AUGGCAGCCAUUUUGUUGGUAUCUCUUCUGUUUUGCAUUGCCUUUGGGCAUGCUUUCUCUCUGUGUAUGCUGACUGAAUAUAUCAUGUAUGUGGAGAAGGAGGAGUGUGCUUACUGUAUUGCCGUCAACACCACCAUAUGCUCUGGAUACUGCAAGACAAUGGAUCCAAAUGUGAAAGGGAGACAGCUGAAGACCCUAUCAAAUCAGAAUGUUUGCACCUACCAUAACUAUAUCCACAAGACGGUCUCUGUUCCUGGCUGCCCUGUGCAUGUAAAUCCACUGUAUACUUACCCUAUAGCCCUGAGUUGCAAGUGUGAAAAAUGUAACACCGAGUAUAUUGACUGUGUACAAGACAGGAUCGAUUCUAAUUAUUGCACCAAACCAAGAGAGCCAAAAUAUCUUCUCUACAAUUUUCUGCAGUAAUA